AUUUUUUCUUUCUCCCUCUUCUUUCUUCUUUUUCAUCAGCAUCAUCAGCAGCAGCAUCAUGUUCUGGCGAUUUGGAUUUAAUAGUUCAACUUUAGAUAGUUUACUAGACAAAGAUGAUGUAACUUUAGAGGAUAUCUUGGAGGAAGAGGAUAUACUUCAAGAAGCUAAAACAAUGAAUCCAAAGCUUGUUAACUUUUUGAGUAAACCUGAAAUCAUAAAGGCAUUAUUAAAUUACAUUGUUUCUAAUGACUUGGAGGAAAAUAAACGAUUCAAGUAUCCAUUUCUUGCAAGUGAAAUUAUAGCUUGUGAAAUUCAAUCCAUCAUUGAAGCCAUUGUUAUUGAACAUAAACAAGAUCUUUUAGUUCCUUUUUGGUCUUAUCUUGACCAACCCUCAACAACUGAAGGACUUGACUCUUUACAAGCCUCUUACUUUUGUAAAACAAUUGGAGUUUUGUUAUCAAAAUAUCCAAGUGAGCUAAUGACAUUCAUUCAAUCUGAUUCUGAGAAUUUAAAUAAAAUUUUAUCUCAUUUACAAACCUCAGCUAUUAUGGAUUUGUUGUUAACCUUGAUUCGAAUGGAAGAAUUACCUGAAGGAAAAGGAGUUGUUAAGUGGCUAAGUGAGCAUGGGUUAUUAGUAAAUUUAGUGGAUAGAUUAAACCCCUAUCUUGAUACUGAAGAACAUUCUAUUGCUCAACAAUGUAUAUGCGAUAUUAUUCGCUUGUCACAAACCAGUUUACCUGAAUCACAAAGUAUUGGAAAUAAUGAUUUAAUUAUGGAGCUAAAAAGUGAAGCUAUAAUGCAAAAAUUAGCAAAUUUCAUGUUGGAUCCUAAUGCCCCUAAUGCUACCUCAACACUCAUCAAUGGGGUCUCUAUUAUUAUUGACUUGAUUCGUCAUAAUAAUAGUGACUUGGAAAAUGACCCAUCUAUGACAGCUGCACUUUAUGAUUAUCAAUUAACCAACAUACCACGUAGUACUGUUUCAUUAGGAGAGAUGUUAAAAGUCAUGGCAAAUCAUAUAUCUGAUUUUACUCACCUCUUAUUAAAGCCACGAUCUGUUCAUGGUACUAUGCAAACAACAUUAGGUGAACUUGAACCUUUAGGCUUUGAACGGCUCAAGAUUUGUGAACUCUUUGCAGAACUCUUACAUUGUUCCAAUAUGUCUAACUUGAACGAAAUACAUUAUGAACAAUAUACACCAAAUCAACAAGAACAACAACAAGAUGAUCAUUUAUCAGUUGGAGAUUAUCUUAAAUCUAAAUUUGUAGAGAAUAGAGCAAUGCCAAUUUGUAUUGAUUUAUUUUUUGCUUUUCCAUGGAACAACUUUUUACAUUACGUAAUCUAUGAUAUGCUACAUCAAGUCUUUAAUGGACGUAUGGAUAUUGGGUUAAAUCGUCAUUUAGCUAUUUCUAUUCUAAAAGAUGGACAAUUAACAGAAAAAAUAAUCGCUGCACAAAAAUCGAAUGAUGAAGCAUGUGCAAAACCAAAAGGAAUGAGAGCUGGUUAUAUGGGACAUUUAACAUUUAUUUCGGAUGAAAUUAUAAAGUUAUUUGAAGGGUAUCCUGAAACAAUUGUCCAAGUCAUUAAAGAUGAUAUUGAUAUGGAAGGAUGGAAUCAUUAUUGUCAAAAUGAACUUAAAGAUACCAAAGAAAGAGAUCAGUUACCAUUAGGUGGAUUACGUCCAAACAAUGAAGAUGAUUUGCAACAUAGUGAAGAUGAAGAAGAUGAGGAAGAAGAUGAAGAAGAUGUAGCUAUGAAUGGUUUGAUAGAAAACAACACAGCUGCUAGUCAAUAUUCAAGGUUUUUAGCUCAACGAGGAGGAGAAGAAGGUCAUUUUGAUGAUAAUGAAGAAGACACAAAUCACUGGAUAGCUGGUAGAGAUGAUUUUACCAAUAAAUGUAAUUCAAUUCAAAUUAAUUUACAUUCUUAUGACGACGACGACGACGAAGAAGAAGAAGAAUAUAACAGUAAUAAUGAAGAUGAAGAGGAUGCUCAUUUUACACCAGAUUGGACACGUAAUUUUUCUAAAUUUUCACAACCUACAUCACUUCGUCGUAUUCCUAGUCAUAAUAAUGAACAUCCUAAAGACAUAGAUGAUGACAACAAUGCUGUUGAUGUUAAUGAUGACGAUGAUGAUUUUGAUCAUUUAGCUGAUGCAGAAGAAUUAGAAAGAAGAACAUCACUUCGUUAUAGAAUUGCCUCGAGUAAUAAAAUACAAAAUGAUGAUGAUGAUGAUGACUUUGGAGAAUUUGAAAGUGCUACAGAAGAUAAUAACAGUCAACAAUGGAAUUUAUUAACAGAAAAUUUGGAACAAUUAGAUAUAAAUCCGUUAACAGAUGAUGACGUUGUAAGGGCCAUAAAGACAAAAGAGGAAAAUGGACUGAAAGAGUAUCAACAUGAUGAAGAACAAGAAGGAGAAGUCUAGAAAGUAAAAAGAACCCUUUCCCUUCCCUCCCCCUCUCCUUUGUAUAAACUUGAGUCUCUUUCUCUUUUCUUUUAUUAUUAUUAUUCUUAUUUAAUAUUGUAUUCCUUCGUAAUAAAUAUAACAUGAUAGCACAUUUCUACUUCGUC